AGCGUCAGCAGUUGCAGUGGGAGACUGUCUAUUUACAUUUUGGCUUAGAUAGGUUUUUAGUUUUGAAGAAUUGUCUUUAUGUUCCUUGUUUUAGAAAGAAUUUGAUUUCAGUUUCUAAGUUGUUUAUGAACGGUUUUUCCGCUACGUUUGAUAAUAAAGUUGUUAUUCGUUUUGGCAAAAAGUUCAUAUGUUCUGGUUCAUUAGUUGGCAAUCUAUACAUUAUAAAAUCUAAGUCAUCUCCACUGCAACAGAAACAAUUAUUUAAUUCAUCAUCUAAUCUGAAUAAGAGAAAGGAACCUUCUAAAAUGAAUGAAACAUAUCUUUGGCAUCUAAGACUUGGUCAUAUUAACCUUAGGAGGAUUCAAUGGUUGGCAGCAGACGGGCCCUUGUGGUCGUUUGAAGUCGAGGCUUUUCCAACUUGUGAGUCUUGCCUGGAAGGUAAAAUGACUAAGAGGGUUUUUAGUUCAAAGGGGCAUAGAGCCGAAGAUGUGUUAGGGCUAGUUCAUUCCGAUCUAUGUGGUCCUAUGAGUAUUCAAGCGAGAGGUGGUUUUGAGUACUUCGUUACGUUCAUCGAUGAUUACUCUAGAUAUGGGUACAUUUUCCUUCUGCACCGCAAGUCUGAAUGCUUUGAGAAGUUCUUGGAGUAUAAGGAAGUUGUGGAGAAGCAGUUAGGAAAAAGUAUCAAGUCAUUACGAUUCGAUCGUGGUGGCGAAUAUCUCUCGAAUGAAAUUAGGAACUACUUGACGGAUAAUGGGAUUACGUCCCAGGUGACUGUGCCUGGCAUGCCUCAGCAGAAUGGCGUAGCAGAAUGGAGGAACAAGUUUCUUAUGGAAAUGGUUAGGGCAAUGAUGAGUUAUAGUACAUUACCAGAUUCGUUUUGGGGAUAUGCCUUAGAAACAGCGGUAUACAUUCUGAAUAGAGUAUCUUCUAAAUCAGUACUGUCUACACCAUUGGAGUUGUGGUCUGGGCAUAUGCCUAGUCUAACGCAUCUCAGGAUUUGGGGUAGUCCAGCACAUGUGCUGAGAACCGAUACUGAUAAGUUGGAACCGAGAUCAGAAGUAAGGUUGUUUGUGGGAUAUCCCAAGGAAACGAAAGGUGGUCUAUUUUAUAGUCCCGAGGACCAGAAAGUAAUCAUUAGCACGAAUGCUAGGUUCUUGGAAGAAGACUAUGUCUUAGAUCAUAAACCCAGUAGCAGACAUGUUCUUGAGGAGUUAAAAGGAGUGAGUACUUCAAUACCGAGUGCGCUAGAUGUUACACCACAAAGUACUGCAACAUGUAUCGCUGAUGAUGCACUUGAGCAGGUAGUACCUCGUCGUAGUGGGAGGGUUGUCCGAAGUCGUUGUUGCCAAGAUACAAUCAGAGGACAACCUAGCAGAUCCUUUUACGAAGAGCCUACCGGCGAAAGUCUUUACAAGACACGUAGAAGGAAUGGGAGUCAGAU